AUGCCCACUUUGAAUUUGUUUACCAACAUCCCAGUUGAUCCAGUGGUUGCCUCUGAUGUUCUUAAAGAUGCCACCAAAGCUGUUGCCAAGAUUAUUGGCAAACCUGAAUCUUAUGUGAUGAUAUUGUUAAAUGGAGGGGUUCCAAUUGCAUUUGCCGGGACUGAAGAGCCAUCUGCAUAUGGGGAAUUGAUCUCCAUUGGGGGGCUUGGACCUAGUGUCAACGGCAAGCUCAGCUCAACCAUCGCAGAGAUUCUUGAAACCAAACUCUCUAUUGACAGCUCUCGGUUUUAUAUAAAAUUUUAUGAUGUUCAGCGCUCAUUCUUUGGGUUCAACGGCUCAACAUUUUGA